UCAGGGCCGGCCCGCCCUUAUAGGCAAACUAGGCAACUGCCUAGGGCGCUCGUAUUUGGGGGGCGGCAUAGCAAUGCGAGCGGCAUCACCACUGAGCACGCGGAUCGAUCAAAAAUGGUUCAAUCAAUCGUACGUACGCGCGACAGACGUGCGGCGCGACGCGCAUCGCAACUCGCGGAGCGCGCCGCCGCCGUCCCGUUCCCCGCCGCACCCCACGCAUGCCAUCGCCGCCAGGCGCCAGUCGCCGCCGCGCCGCCCGCGCACUCUUAACUAUCUCAUGUGUUCUCCGUCAACUCUAUGCGCUAAGUGAAUUCCUCGGACUCUCAUUGUGAAUAAUAAUAAUUGCAAUCACCUACAGGCUACAAUCAUUUCUUGAGACAUGGCAGAUGACAAAAAAAUGUCUGGAGCACAAUUUCGUAAGAGAAAAUUAGAGAAACAAUUAUCGUUAGCAAAGCAAGCAGACUCGUUCAAGAAGUAUCUUCGUCCAAAUCUUCAAGAACCGCAACCAUCAGGCAGCAAUACAAAUGAUGAUAUGAAAGAAGACAUAACCAAUCCCACCACAGGAAGCUGUACUACAGAAGGUCCCGCUUUAUUUUCAGCAAAAGAAAAUACUCCACAACAGCGUGAAAUAACCAAACAACCACAACCAUGCAAAAGUACAAAUGAUGAUAUGGGAGAAGACACUAAUAAUCCUCCCACAGAAAGUUGUCUCAUUUUAAACUUCAGUGACCCUGCAACAUGGGAUGUCUCUACUGAUCAUCUGCGGCAAAUCCUCGUCAAACACGGGCCAGAUCAAGUGAAAAAUAUCGAGUUCCCAUUAGAUAACCAGCGAAGAAAGUUUUCUACAGUGUAUUAUAAGAGAAAACUAGUCAAUGGUGAACGUGUGCCUCGUUCAUGGCUGCAAUAUUCAGCUUCAAAGGAUUCUGUGUUCUGUUUCUGUUGUAAGCUAUUUUCUACAGAUGAAAAAUCCGCUCUAUGCAACAAAGGUGCGAAUGACUGGAAGAAUAUUUCAUAUAUAUUAUCAAAUCACGAGAAAAGUAGUAGCCAUUUAGCAAACUACCAACAGUGGAAAGAGUUAGAGCUUCGGUUGAGGACUAAUAAAACAAUCGAUGAGGAAAAUUUACGUUUGAUAAGGGACGAGGAAAAAUACUGGCAACAGGUUCUCGAAAGGUUGAUUGCUUUAGUGAGAGUUCUAGGAAGCCAAAACUUACCUUUUCGUGGAACGCAUGAUGAACUAUUUACUCCUGGCAAUGGAAUUUUUUUGAAAAUGGUUGAAUAUCUAGCUUUAUUUGAUCCUAUAAUGAAUGAACAUCUUAGAAAAGCGAGUAACAAAGAUAUUCAUGUUCAUUACCUCGGAAAAAAUAUCCAAAAUGAACUGAUCAUUUUGGCUAAAGCUGUCCAGGAGAAAAUACUGGCGUAUAUUAACUCAGCUAAAUAUUAUUCAAUAAUUCUAGAUUGUACACCUGACGUUAGUCAUGUUGAACAAAUGACCAUCAUCGUUCGAAUUGUCAAAUUGAUUACUGAUGAACGUAAAUGUGAAAUCAAAGAAUAUUUAGGAUUUGUCCCUCUUGCAGACACCACCGGUGCUGGCUUAACUGAAAAAAUUCUUGAUCAGUUAAAUGAGAUGUCUCUCUCAUUAGAAAAUUUACGUGGGCAAGGGUAUGACAACGGAAGUAACAUGAAAGCUGAUGUGCAUGAUGCACUUGUGGACAUUUAUGAAGAUCAUACUCUGAUUGGUGCAUCUGGAAAUCAAACUCGAAUUGAGGCUCAGUCUAUUGCUAAAAAAUUUGCGGAUUUUAAGUUUGUUGCUUCACUUGUCGUGUGGUAUAAUAUUUUGUUCGAAAUUAAUUUGACUAGCAAAGUUCUUCAAUCCCAGGAAUCUAACCUCAAUACCGUUACAAAUGCUCUUCUAAAAACGAAAACAUUUCUUGAAAGCUGCAGAAGUGAUUUGGGAUGAAAAAUGCUAGGAGAAGCUAAAGAAAUAGCAGAAGAAAUGAAUAGUGUAGCAUCAUUCGCAUCAGAAACGAAGCCAGUGCGCCUAAGAAAAGAGAAAAGACAGUUAAGCUAUGACGCGGAAGAUGAGCCACUAUGUGAUGCGAAAGACCAGUUCAAAAUAAAUUUUUAUUUUGCUGUGCUAGAUACCGCAGUAAAUUCAGUUGAUGAGAGAUUUAAUCCUAAAAAUAUUAGUCAUGUGUUUGGAUUUCUCUACAACGUUCAUGAGAUGCAAAAUAAAACUUCCAAAGUUGUUCUGGAACACUGCAUAAAGUUGGAAGAAUCUCUUAGUGAUGGAAACUCUAAGGAUGUUGAUGCAACUGAGUUAUGCAGUGAAUUACAAGCUAUUGCAAGAAGAGUACCAAAUAACACUGCGCCACAAGACGUUUUAAAUUAUAUUUGUGCAAAUGGGCUUCUAGAUAGCGUACCUAAUUUAGUAACAGCAAUAAGGGUAUUGCUCACACUUCCCGUGUCUGUGGCCAGUGGAGAGCGCAGUUUUUCUAAACUUAAACUGAUUAAAACAUAUCUACGGUCCACAAUGACUCAAGAAAGGCUUGUGGGGUUAUCGACUCUAUCUAUAGAGCAAGAAAUUGCUGAAACAAUUGAUUUAAAAGAAAUGGUUUCUACAUUUGCAAGAAUGAAGGCAAGAAAAAUUCAUUUUUCAUAAAUUAAUGUCUACAGCCUAGCAACAGAAUCGUGUCAUAAGACUAUGCUCUAAUUAUUUGAUUAAAAAUACACUUAUAAUCUGCUUUGCUUUAAUUACCUGAACCCAUGCCAGUACCUAGUAAAAAUGUUUUUUGAUCUUUGAAUAUGCUAUUUCCGGGUUAUUCAAAAGUACAGAAUUCGCAGUUUUGUUUCUGCGGAGUUUUGUUUUGUCACUCUUUAAUCGGUGUACCUAGUAUUUUUUUUGUUGUGUUUUUUAUGGGCGUCGUUCCAAUGUUUUGCCUAGGGCGCCAAGUUUCGUUGAGCCGGCGCUGUUCU